CUCUUACAUCAUGUCAACUAAGGACCCCGUUCGCUCUCGCAUAUUACACGUAUAAAUAAUCGGAGAAGGAUUCCCUCACCUUGACCACCAUGUUCACUACCGCCCUUGCGGUAUGCCUUCUAUGCGGAGCAUUCGCACGUACUCAAUCUACCCUCGAAUCCUUCACAACUAAACCACGCGUCUUCGUACUCACCGACAUCGCCAAUGAACCUGACGAUGAAAUGUCCCUAACGCGUUUCCUCCUCUACUCAAACCACUUCUCCAUCCAAGGAAUCGCAGCGACCACCUCCACCUGGCUCCGGAACGAGACCUUCGCUUGGCAAAUCCAAGAAAAAGUCGUAAAGUGGGGGGAGGUUCGUGACAAUUUGACGAAACAUGCUGAGGGCUGGCCGGAGACGGAAGAGCUUUUGGGCAAAGUGUAUUCGGGGCUGCCGGUAUAUGGAUUACAGGGCGUUGGGGAGGGGAAGGAUUCGAAUGCUAGCGUAGCGCUCAUCGCGGCAGUGGAUGAUGCCAAUGCGGGGGAUCCCUUGUGGGUUCCUAUCUGGGGUGGUGCAUCGGUUCUUGCACAGGCACUGUGGACAGUCCAGGAUACGAGGCCACAGGGGGCGGUGGCAGACUUCGUGGAAAAACUACGAGUUUACGCCAUCUCAGACCAAGAUGAUGCCGGUCCUUGGAUACGUUCCCAUUUCCCGGAUCUGUUCUACAUUGCAAGUAUUCAUACCUUCAAUAUGUACAGUUUAGCUACCUGGCCUGGUAUUUCUGGAGAAUUGUAUGACGAUUUCGACGUGGGCGGCCCAGAUUCUAGUUUAGUCACCAACGAAUGGCUUGACUCCAACAUCAGGUCUUCCGGGAGCGCAUUCGCAGCCAGCUACCCGAGAUUUGCGUUUAUAAUGGAAGGAGACACGCCAUCUUUCCUUAACUUGAUUCAAAAUGGUCUGUCUGCACGCGAACAUCCCAACUGGGGUGGAUGGGGUGGGCGAUACGGACGUACCACAAACGAAAGCAACCAAUGGGUCGAUAGUAUCGCCUGGAGAGUUCCUGGAAUGGACGGACGAAAUUAUACGUCUAGGCAAGCGACCAUCUGGCAAUGGCGCAAGGCCUACCAAUACGACUUUGCGGGCCGAAUGAACUGGACAGCGACUUCUGAUUUCGGAGCCGUCAAUCAUAACCCGCGACUGUACAUUAACGGGACCGGAGGCUCAGAGUAUCUGUAUAUGGAGGUAGACCCUGGGACCAGUGUCGUCCUAGAUGCACGGGAAAGUUUUGAUCCUGAUAGUAACGAUCAGGUGGCGUAUAAAUGGUCGCAGGAUUUUGGUGCGACUUUGACUGGUACAGGUGACAAUCAAUCUCCGGUGCUUGGGAUUGAGGAAGGAGAGGGAGGUAAGAUCGUGACAGUGACGCUUCCCAGUGAGGAUACCUUGCGGAGUAACGGGUACUGGACGUUGUGGCGCCUGACAGAAGGAGGGUUGGUACAUGUGUUGCUGGAGGCCUGGGAUAACGGCUUGCCUCCCCUUGUGAGCUAUAGAAGGGUAGUUUUUAAGAUAAGGGGAUUCGACUAGGCUUCCUUUGAUUCCUUCGGUGUACCCUCCUUCCUUGUACAUAAAAGAUAUAAUGCAUGAUAUAACGUCAGGU